AUGCUCUUUUGUAUUCCUGGAAGAGCCGUUCCUCGUCUUGCGCGUACGCGUGCGUCCGGAAACUGGCACACACGCGCAUUGACAUCGACACCAUGUCGUGCUGAGCAGGCGCCUAGUACACCCACAGGCUCUGCAUACCCAUUUGCUACGCAUGUGGUGGCGCGCUCGCAUGUUGUUCCGCGUUCCAACUCGGUGCGGGCACCGCCACCCGAUGUGAAGCACCUGUCGCGCGGCGUUAUGCCGCGUGUCGAUUCACAGCUGACGACCGAGAUGGACCCCGAUGAGCGGAUCGCUCGACUCUUUUCACGGCAAUCCCCAGACUGCAUUCUGCCUGGCUCCAUCGUAAUGGUCGAGUCGUAUCUGAACAAUGCUAAGACGUCCAGCACGACAUUCUCGGGUGUGCUUAUUGCUGUGCGCCGAUCUGGCAUUGCAACAACGUUUGUUUUGCGUGCCAUUGCGCAUAAAUUGGGUGUUGAGAUGCGCUUUCAUGCAUACAGUCCCAUGAUCAAGGAUAUCAAGGUGCUCCAGCGGGCAGAUGCGAAGAAGCGGCAGCCAGGACUGACACGCACGCGUCGUGCGAAGCUCUACUAUAUGCGACGCAAAGAUGACCGUCGUGUUGCAUCUGUUGCAAACGUGGUGAAACAGUACCGGGCAGCUGCUUUGCAGCAGAAAGGCAGCAGUAGCACGGCGGCUACAACAGACACGCCUGCCAAGAAAUCGUCCUCAUCCAAAAAGGCACGGAAAUAG